AUGUGCCUGUCUGUAUGUCUGUCUGUAUGUCUGUCUGUGUCUAUAUGUUUGUUUGCUUGUUUGUUUGUUUGUGUGUUUGUAUGUGUGUGUAUGUCUGUCUGUGUCUAUAUGUUUGUUUGCCUGUUUGUUUGUUUGUGUGUUUGUAUGUGUGUGUGUAUUUGCAUGGGUUCUGUGUGUUUGUCUGCCUGUCUAUCUGUCUGUUUGUCUGUCUGUCUGUUAAUAUAUGUAUGCGUGUAUGCGUGUGUGUGUGUGUCUGUAUAUGUUUGUGUGUUAAUGUGUUUGUGUGAUCUUUGUGUGUGUGUGUGUGUGUGUGUGCACCUAUCUCUGUGCGUGCCAACCUUUUGUGUGUGUGUGUGUGCAUGUGUGUGUGUGUGUAUGUGUGUGUGUGUAUGUUGGUGGUGUGUGUGUUGUGUGUAUGUGUGCGUGCGUGAGUGUGUGUGUCUGUUUGUCUGUGUGUGUAUGUGUAACAUUUCUGUUUGUGUACGUCUGUGUGUGUGUGUGUUUGUGUGUGGUGUGUGUGUAUUUAUGUGCGCGUAUGUGUGUGUGGAUAGUGUGUGUGUGUGUGUAUGUGUUUGUGUCCGUAUUUUAUAUUGCAUGUCGUACGUCAAUAACCAUGACAUUAAUUAG